AUGGCGACCAAGCAGAUGCUCGUCGCUGUGCUCGCCACGGCCGCCCUCGCCUUAGCCCACCUCCCAGGGCUCGCCGUCGGCACGGAGCACAUGGUCGGCGACGACAAGGGCUGGACCCUCAACUUCAACUACACCGCCUGGGCCGACACCAAGCAGUUCGUCGUCGGCGACACGCUAGUGUUUAAAUACAACAGCGCCGCCCACAAUGUGGUGGAGGUGGGUGGACCGGACUUCCUCUCGUGCACCCAGCCGCCCAACGCCGUCGUCUGGGCCACCGGCGAGGACAGGGUCACGCUCGACAAGGCCGGACGCAAGUGGUUCUUCUGCGCCGUCGGCCAGCACUGCCAGAACGGCAUGAAACUUAAGAUCACCAUCCUCGAGACCGCAGCGCCGACUCCCCAACCGGAGCCGACCAACCCUGCCGGCAAGCUGCACGCGCGCUUCGGGGAGGCGGCCGCCGCGGUCACUGCUCUCGCCGCGGCUGUGCUCGUGUUCUAG